AUGAUAUUACCACCUUCAGAUCAAAUACUUCAUUCAGUGUAAUCGAAAUAAUGGUUUAACUCUCGAUGUCAAUCUAAAGUUAAGUUGUAGUAUUUGAAAUCAUCACGUGAAAUAAUGAAUGAUAAUGUUGUUACAAACACAUUUCGUCUAAUUGAUAAAGAUUAAUCAAGUAAGUUUAAUAAAUAAAAUUUAAAGAGACACUUGAAAUAGAGGAAUUAUACUCUAUGUUUUUAAAGAAUGGUUAUCCAAUAAACAUUAAUUUGCUUAGAGGGUUUUUUGAGAAAGCAGAUAAAGAUAAUAAUAGUACUUUAAUAUCUAUUUUUUAAUAGAAUCAAUUGAAUUAGAGGAAUUUAAACACAUAAUGUAUGAUGAAUAAGCCACACAAUGUAUAUAGCAUUACUUAAUUAGCUUUUAGAGAAAUGAUGAGAAAAAUGAGAGAAUAAGCAAAAGAAUCAAAUUAUUAUUCUACUGAUUUUGUUAGAUUAUUAAGAUAUCUUUGUUAUUGCUAAGAUAGAAAUGCACUUUAAUUUUAAAUUAAGGUAUGCCAUCUUCCAUUACCUAGAAUCACAGAUUAUCAGUAGAAAAGAGAUCAAAAUUAGUAACUCAAUUGAUUUAGCUUAAUCAUCAAUAUAAUGAAGAUUAAUAAAUGACUGAUGAAUAGUUACAACCAAGACCAUAUAAAAAAUAAACAAAUGAAAGGAAAAUCUUACCUCCUUUAAAUAAACAUUAUGUUGGUAAUUCAAAUCCAACCUCAAUGAUAUAAUCCUAACUUAAAUUAAAUUUAAGCGAUGUUCAAAAGAAUUCAGUAUUAUCCUUACCAUCUUAUAAAUCACCUUAAAAUACUGAUAGAAGUAUUAAAUAAUUUACAUAGAAAUGUAAAAGCUAUAUUACAAUAAACAAUAAAAUAUUUGGCAAUAAUAAAAAAUGA